UCUUUUUUUAGUUUAAAGGUAGAUCCAUCAGUUAUAUACCUAUUGCCUUGAUCAUUGAAAUUGCGAAGUAAUUUAUUGAGCAAAUAAAAUCGUCGUUGCGAUUCAUUAGCGAUGAAGGCAUGUUUUGAACUAUGGUAGUUUAUUAGAUUUAUAACCUGCGUCUUUUAUAAAGUGUUUUGAUUUAUUGUAUGAUUGAUGAUUAAUGUAUUAAAACGAGUUGGAACUGCUCAUAUGACCCAAUUAUUGUAUAACGUUUUGGUAAUUGUUUUGUUCUUUGGUAAUGGUUUACUGGGAAUUGUAUUUCCUGAGUUUAUGGUGUUAAACUAGCUACUCUACUGAUGUUUCAGGUGUUUUUUGUUCUAUUUGUUAAGAUGGGAGACAAAAACGAUGACGACAAGAACAUUGAGAUAUGGAAGAUUAAGAAGUUGAUCAAAUCCCUUGAAGCUGCUAGGGGUAAUGGAACCAGCAUGAUCUCACUCAUUAUGCCUCCCCGGGAUCAGGUUUCUCGUGUUACUAAGAUGCUGGGGGAUGAGUAUGGAACCGCGUCAAACAUCAAGAGCAGAGUCAAUCGCCAGUCUGUUUUGGGAGCCAUUACAUUGACUUCGAGCCUUUCAGACCCAUCAAUGCUUCCCUCUACCUCUGUGACAACAAGUUUCAUACGGAAGCUCUGAAUGAAUUGCUGGAGUCUGAUGACAAGUUUGGUUUCAUUGUAAUGGAUGGAAACGGGACUCUCUUUGGAACUCUGAGCGGUAACACACGUGAGGUGCUUCACAAGUUCUCUGUUGAUCUUCCCAAGAAACAUGGAAGAGGAGGACAAUCUGCUCUUCGUUUUGCUCGUCUCCGUAUGGAGAAGCGUCACAAUUAUGUGAGGAAAACUGCUGAGCUCGCCACACAGUACUUCAUCAAUCCUGCUACAAGUCAGCCUAACGUGUCUGGGCUUAUUCUUGCCGGUUCAGCAGAUUUCAAGACUGAGUUGAGUCAGUCAGAUAUGUUUGAUCCCAGGUUGGCGGCAAAGAUACUGAACGUGGUGGAUGUAUCAUACGGAGGAGAAAAUGGUUUCAAUCAGGCUAUCGAGCUUUCAGCUGAGAUUCUUGCGAAUGUGAAGUUCAUCCAAGAGAAGCGUCUGAUUGGCAAGUACUUUGAGGAAAUAAGCCAGGACACAGGGAAGUAUGUCUUUGGUGUGGAAGAUACGUUGAACGCUUUGGAAUCAGGUGCUAUCGAGACACUAAUUGUGUGGGAAAAUCUUGAUAUCAACAGAUAUGUGAUGAAGAACAGUGCGACUGGUGAAACUGUGAUCAAGCACCUGAACAAGGAACAGGAAGCCAACACGGAGAAUUUCAAAGUAGUCGACAGCGACUUGGCUUUGGAUGUGGAGGAGAAGCUGUCUUUACUCGAGUGGCUGGCUAAUGAGUACAGGCGUUUUGGUUGUGCGCUUGAGUUUGUGACCAAUAAAUCACAGGAAGGGUCUCAGUUUUGCAGAGGGUUUGGAGGAAUCGGAGGGAUACUUCGUUACCAGCUUGACAUGACUGCCUUUGAUUCUGAGGAUGGACAAUUUGAUGAUGAUGAUUCGGAAUAACAAUCAAUCAAAUCCUCACCAUCGCUGGUUGUGGAAGAUGGCCCACCGUCAUGCCUGAACCAGCCUGCGCGGGCUAUCGGGGACGCGCAGACGAUAGUUAGAAAAUAAUUGAAGAAGCACCUUUUGAAGGUGGAGAGUCAAGGAACAGGUGGAGAAUGAAGAAGAUGUUGCUUUGGUAGCGUUCGUCGUUGUCUGCAACAUUUACCGAGUUUUCUUUUGAGUUGGUGUUGUUUAAUAAUUUUGCUUUGGUCAGUUUGAUUUCACUAUUUUAUACUCUCUUGUCUUGAGAGAAACACGUAAUGAUUUGGGUUUUAUUUCAUGGAUGUCUUUGACUUUGGGUUGAUAAAUUAAGUUUCGGACGAAACAGCAUUUUAAUCCACGCUUCUUAGUUUUGCUUAAA